AUGGAAAAAAAUCAAAGUGCAAUACGGAAUGGUGUGCUCGAAGGGUUCGAUAACAUCGCAUUAAUACAGCCUGAUUUACCAGAAUUUCAAUUCAUGAAUUAUGGCUUCGCUGAUUUAGGCGUAAAAAAAAUUUCGAAAAUUACUGAAACUUGUGAAAACUUAUAUAAACAGACUUUAUCUAAUAAACCGUUGGAAGGAAAAGAUAUCUUGGAAGUAAGCUGUGGUCGAGGUGGAGGAGCUGCAUGGUGUAUUCGUACUUUUAAACCUCGUUUCUAUGUUGGUGUUGACAUCUCUCCGAAUGCUAUUGCUCUUUGUCAACAAAAGCAUGCAGAAUUACCAGGAUCAGCAUUUGUUGUAUCAAAUGCAACGAAAAUACUCCCAUUCACGAACGAAUCAUUUGAUUUCGUUUUAUCUGUUGAAGCAACACAUGCAUAUAUGAGUGCAGAAAAUAUCAAUAGGUUUGCUCGUGAAGCUGCCAGAAUACUUCGUCCAAAUGGUUGCCUAUUGUGGUGUGAUCUCUGUUCAAAGGGAGAAGACAUACCAUCUAUCAAUUGCUUUACAGACACUGGUGAAUUUAUUGUGAAAGACAAAGUUGAUAUUACGAAAAAUGUUCUUCAGUCACUUGAUAUUAGAAGUGAAGAAGCGGAGAGAGUUAUAAAACACGUGAUUGCACCAGAAAAUUCCGAAGCUUUCCGUACUUUUUCCGGUUUACCAGGUACAGCUAUCUAUGAAGAUAUGCGUGAAGAGUGCACCGUGUAUUGGCGGGCUGUCUUUCGCAAGAAACCUAACCCAACAAUAGCAAAUGGCACGAAUUGA